GGCAAACUAAAAAUCUUUUUCAUAUAAUUUAAAAGUUUGGGUUGAUAGCCAAAUCUAAAAUAUAGGUUUAAUUUGGUUAUUAAUUGAGUAAUUAGCCGAAUAGAAAACAAAUGGUUUAAAGUUGUUUGGCUAUUAACUAUAUGGUUUUGAUGAUUAAUUAUAUACAUGCAUGCGUGUUGUUAGUUUUUAAUGCAAAUUAGAGUCCAGAAUUUUCUGCAAGCGCCGAGGGUUGAAGACACAAGCAUGCAGGGGCCAACAGAUGAUGAUGAAGACAAGGACAGGGACAGGCAGCGCAGGAGUCGUCACAAGAGCCGCUCUGUGUGGGAUUGGCUCGGGCGCCUGUCCUCAAGUCACAGCAGGGAGCCAGAAAGGAGAGAUGGCCAGGGGGCGCUCGCGCAACCGGGAGCGCUCUGAUCCACGUAGCAGAAGCGGCCGUUCCCGAGAGCCAAGCAAGGGGCAGGAGGAUGUUCUUACCCUCCCGGAGAGCCACCUUGACCCAAUGCUGCACGAGGCGGCGGUGCAGUACUCCAUCUACUCGCCGGACACAAAUUCCCUCCGUGCUGUUUCCCCUGUUUUCGUAUUUUCCUCUUUUGCAGAACAGGUGACUCAAGUUCAUGGGGCGUCGGUGGCAGGACAGGUGAACAAUCAAGCUCAAGCUGCAUUGCUGGUAAGCCAGGUGAACAAUGUGGAAGAGUUCAUUGACACCCUCUCGAUUCCGCUUCAGCCGCCGCUCCUGCCUGCUCUGGACGCAAAUGCUCGCCAUCCAAGCCACGUGAAAGUGACAAUACCUGCAAUUUCCUCGGCACAAUGUCAUAGCGAACGCCUGCUUGGCAUGAGGCGGGCGGGAGCAAAACUUGAAACUUUUGCUCAAGAGAUCAUGUCAAAAAAGUUUGGUAUAAUUGAUGAUCAUGCUUCCUUUGAUGAUAACAUCAAAAAGAUUUACUUGCAGCGCUACAAGAAACCGUUGUCCCCCUCCUUCUUGAAGACAAUCACUGAGCUGGCGGAGAAGGGAGGAUGCAAGAGCAUCCGCCUGAAGGCAGCAAGAAAGAAGGCAGCGAUCGCGCCCCUGUGAGCGCGCUGCAUCCUGAAGAAGUACCCUGCAUUGGCCAUGAAGAGUCCCACCCCUCAUCAAAUUAGCUUGUCUUCCUACUGUCAUCUCUGCAUGUUAGUUCCAGUCAAAGAUGUUUUGUCUUCCUCUGCCUGUGCUUCUCCCAGCUUUGCUGGUUGUGUUUCAAGAAAGGCCUUGUUACUUUCACCAUCAACUAGAGUAGUAGUUGCAGCAGCUUCUGUGCCCAUGUCACAAGACAAUGUUUACUUGUUUAACUGGAAUGUAAGGGUUCUGAAUUCCAAGGCGAAGCAAGAUGCAGUGAAAGUUAUUU